UAAAACGCUUCCCAUUUUCAUAUAAUCAUCUAAAUAUUAUUAUUAAUUAUUCUUUAUUCUUUCUGAUGGAAAGAAAGGUCAUGGAGAAAAAUCGCAGAACCAAAAUGAAAUCUCUCUACUCCAAAUUGAGUUCCCUUCUCCCAUCCCAUCAAUUAAAUGUUUGUUCUUUUCUUUUUCUCUCUCUUUCCUUUUCUUUUAUAUUUUUCCAUAUAUUAUUACAAUAGGUCCUUCUUAUCACUCAAACUUUUGUAGGAUCAGUUGCCACGGACAGUUUCAGAUCAGAUAGAGGCAGCAAUAAAUUACAUCAAAUCAUUGGAGACUAAGCUCAAACAGGAUGAGGAGAAGAAGGAGGGAUAUUUAAGAAGAUCCAAAAUGGCUUCGCCCUCCACUGCCUCAUCCUCAUCGUCUUACUCGGCAUUACCGAUAACCCAUAAUAGGAACGUACCUGAAUUGAAAAUCAAAGAGAUGGGCCCUGCUGUGGAGGUUGUUUUAACGACUGGAUUGGAGGAUCGCUCUUUGUUUUAUGACACUAUUCGUAUCCUUAACGAGGAACGAGCUGAGAUCAUCAAUGUCAGUUAUUCUCUUCUUGAUAACACAAUCUUAUAUUCACUCCAUGCAGAGAUUGAAGAUGUGGUGUUCGACUUUGGAGGAACGAAGAAACUAAUAGAGAGGCUAAACCAAUUGGUUUACGAACCCAAGAAUUAAGCAAGCAGAAAUGCCAGUUUCCAGCCGUCACGCCUGAACCCAUCCUCCGCCCAACCUUUCAAGGCCAUGAUCGAGUUUCCAUCACCAUUCUUAGACCCACUCAAUUUUGAACCCAAAUUUUAAUUGUUAUAUUUAUGCAUGCGACCACCCUUUUAUUAAGUACACAAUAUUAUCCAUGCUUUGUAGCUUGAGAAAACCUACGUAUUAGAAACGCCAUGGAAGUAUCAAGUAUGGGAGAAUAUUCAAUAUGGCCAUUGUGUCAUUCGUUAUA